AUGAGGUCAUUCAUAAAGUCCCAUAAAAAAUCGAAUUCUCUAGACAGCAGUCCUUCAAGAUCUCAGUCUGAUAAGGAGUCGGGACGUUCGAGCUAUGAGUAUGCUGUACAACCACAAGCUCCACUUUCCAAGAGGCCAGUGCUCGAUAAGGGUCCACCUCAGUCUCUGAGUUUUGAAUCGUUCCACAAACUCACCAACAAAAACAAGAUCUUCUCGACCAAGAUUUUCAAAAAGCCCGGAAGCCACACUUCAAAGACGGGCGAACCUUGUACAACACCAGUUUCACCACAUGUGCCGACGUUCAGAAAUCUUUCUUCCCCAGAAACUCCUCAAAGCUCACACUUCAGUCGCCAUUUCCAAGAGGAGUCUAAAGAAUUUACAACGAUAAAGGGUACUCGGACGCACGAAUGGGGUGCAUCAAAAGACAAAUCCUCAUCUGUCAUUGUCCUGAAUAGGAGCUCUACUUCCUCAGAUGCUUCUUCGGAAAUGACGGAGUCUGGAUUUGGGAGCCAAGUCAAGCUCCAAAGAGGAUCGGUGAGUUCGGCUACUUCGAGUUGUAUCGACGAGAACCAACGAGGGAGCUUUGACCUUCAGGCGGGGACUACUACUCCACUGGUGAAGUUAGACGAUCUCAGUGAAGUGCAAGAAAAACAUCCAUAUUUUAGCCUGAGAUCGCACGGCAACAAAGCAAAGAACCGACAAGUAAGGAUACAUUCACAUGAAGAUUUUCUGAGUCUAGAAAAGAAGUCCAAUGUGAAUUUGGACUUUUUGCCUGGGGGUCUGGGAAGUUCAAACAGAUUGCGGAACCUGACCAGGCUGAACAGUACAGAUGACUCUCUCCACUGCGUUGCCGAAAAACCCUCUAAGGCAUAUGAUCAAGCCCAAAAAGAAAGUACGCCUAAUCUUAACCUGCUGGGAUUAGGCAUAGAUGCAAAAAACUUGGUCCAGGGCGAGGAGUCUUCUUUGAGUAGCUCCGAUGAACGGGAACAAAGCGUAAUAACGAAUGAUAGGUCGUUUGAAGAAGGUGAUGAAAACAGGGCCUCCAGCAUUGCGUUGAGUAUCACAAAAAUAUCGGUUAGCGAACAUCCUGAAAGUAGUUCUGAGAGAGGAAGCGAACCUGAUGAGGAUUAUUCAGACGGCUCUUCUAAAUUCUCUUUCGAGAUUGGAGGUGUUAAUGGAAGAACCUCCUCGGUCAAGUACUAUUCGAAACCAAAUCCUCAGCCACACGUCUACAUUGACGAUGUUUAUGAAGACGAUGACUUUAAUGAAGAUAUGAAUUGCUUUGACGAGGAAGAAGAUCAAGAACUUGAAAUGAGAGUUGGAGUUAACAAUGACAAUGCUUCUGGCGUACGUGGCACUUCGAAACUGCAAGAAAAAGUUGGUUAUGGUGCUAUAACUGAUGCAUUUUCUUCUGAUGAGGAAAUUGAGCAGCAAAACAGUAGUAAGGUUAAAGGCUAUAAUGACUUGUUUGAUAUUUCUGAUGAUGAGUCGGAGUCAAAUACCUCGUUCCAUGGAGGACAAGAAGCAAGUGAUGGUAACUCUUGCUUUUCAAAUGAUGAGGCUCUCUCCGUGAAAGGAAACAUCACUACCGAAUUUCAAAGUAGCAAUUUAAAAAGCUAUGGUGAUAUAUUUGACCUCAGCGAUGAGGAGCUUUCUAAAUUUCCUAAGGCAGAUUUGUCCAACACAAAUGAAGACAUGGCAGCUCAUCCCGAUGUUAAUGUAGAUUUUGAAGGAGCUGAAGCCCCGAAACAACCCUUUGGUCACAAGCCAAGUACGACAGAAAAGAUAAUUCAAAGCUGUAUUAAACCUGUUCACAGCCCGAAGUUGUCAAAGCCAUCUUCGCCACGCGGCACAUUGAGGCUACCAUUUCCGGCUGAUCCAAGAAGCCCGACACUCGACAGCGCUACUCUGUUCUUGCCUCCGCCUGCGAGGUCACAAGUAGUGAAGUAUCAUGACCUUAGCUCAAAUCUCGAUUAUGAGGUUCCUGGUGCGAUGAGCAACUUGUUCUUCAUUGAUGAAUCAGAAGAAGAUCAAUACAACAAAAAGCAUCAACCCGACGAGCAUUACCUCGAUGAAAUUAAUAAUUUGCCAGAAGACUUUGCAUUCUCCGAUGAUGAUGAGUACUAUCUAUCAGCUUCGAGGUCGCCUGGGUCCAAUGUGAGAAACAGUUCCUUCAAAAAGUCUCACAGCUUUUCAGAGAAGCCAAUUGGAGCUGUAAAAGAGAAAACUCCCAGUAAUUACAAGUUAGAGCUAAAAGACAGGGUAGUAACCUUUUUCCAUGGGCCCUUCGAUAGCACACUUACAAGCACAUCGCCGCGCAGUCCUGCUGCCGAAGAAGACGACGAUACGCCGCUUUCGAUUGAGGAGCGUCAAAUCCAAGGUGUUACAGGCCUGGACCCACUUCCAGUUACGCCAUCUAAUUCUUUUAGUAGGCCAAACGCAUACUUGGGCCAAAGUAACGGGUUGAGCCCUAUCCAAGAGACAAACUCUUCAGUUGACAAUUCACCGAGAGUUAAAAGUCGCCUUAAUAAUAAUUAG